CACAUUGUCAACUUUCCAUCUGCCCAUCACCACCACUCAUAUUCCAUCUCCCACCUCCCCCCAUGGAUACUUCCCGAGACGUCCCAGACAUUCUUAUCGUGGGUGCUGGCAUCUUCGGGGUCAGCACAGCCUACCAUCUCGCUCAGCAGCUCGAGCGACCGUCACAGAUCGUCCUGUUAGAUCGCGCCGCCCCGCCAUCCACCCCCGCGGCAUCUACCGAUAUCAACAAGAUCAUUCGUGCCGACUACACUAACCCUCUCUACGUCGCUUUGGGAUUCGAAGCUAUUGAACAGUGGAAGUCGCUGCCAUUCUUCCAAGAAGCACAAGUCUACCACCCCUCGGGAUGGAUCGCCUUGGAGGAGAAAGAUAGCGAUGUCCCCGCAUUGAUAAGGAAGAACUUCCGCGAUUAUGGUCGCGGCGACGUCAUCGAGGAAUGGUCCGAAGAGAAAGUCCGUCACGCAUGGGGUGGGCUACUCGAGAAGACAGACUGCUCCCCAUUUGGCUCAUAUUACUAUAAUUCUUCUGCUGGCUGGGCGGACGCAGGAAAAGCAUUGCAGCUGAUGGCACAAGAGGCGAUCAAGCUGGGUGUCCGAUAUGAGGUUGGGGAGGCGCGCAGAAUCGUUCGUGAUGAAAAUGGAGUCAGUGGUGUUAAAACAGCAGACGGUACCAUCUACCAUGCUCGAAAGGUCUUGUUGGCCACAGGGGCAUGGACAAGUCAGCUCAUGUCCUCGGUGGAGGAUGACUUGGACCUGCCGGGACCAGACCGAGUAGAGCAGCAGGUAUCAGCAGCAGGAGUGACAGUCUCGCACUUUCAACUCUCGUCAGAGGAAAAAUCCCGCUACUCGCAGCUGCCGGUAUUUGUCUACGGAGGGGAAGGCGAGGUCAUUCCUCCCACUGCAGAGGGGAUCCUCAAGUUUACUACCGCCGCUUCUUUCAGGAACACCAUCCGCACGGCGUCCGGACAUGAAAUUUCGGUGCCGCUGGUAGAUCAAAUUCAUGUGCCUGAAGCAUUGCAGGAAGAUCAUCUGCGCGCCAUUCGACCUCGUCUGCCACAGUUUCUUGGGGAGCAUCCCCGUCCCGACUACUGGCGCAUAUGCUGGGAUGCAAUCUCGCCCAGCCAGCAUCCGCUAAUCACCCGCCAUCCAGAUGACCGACUGUCCAACCUCUAUUUCGCAGUAGGGGGAUCAUUCCAUUGCUACAAGUUCCUCCCGACCAUUGGCAAAUACGUGAUCAACGUAUUGCAUGGGGUGUCGAAUGGACGCGAAAAAGACGAGGCCUGGACGUGGAAGGAGCAUCACCCGGAUGAAAGAGGAGUGCAUGCGCGAUUGGUCCCGGGGAGAGAGAUUCGAGAUGUUGUUUAG